ACAAUACAAACAAAGAGCUGCUAAUAACAAAAACAAAUGACUUUCUUGAAGCGAGAUUUGAACUCCCUACUUAAAAACAACAGUGUUAAAUUGCAGUUUUAAACAUAAAAUAUUAAAGCAAAAUAAAUGCACUCCUUAUAGCCAAUUUCGAAUGAUGUUAUACAGGAAGUAUAUAAACUGAAAAAACUUUAGAAACUUUAGUUACAAAAUGUUUAAAUUAGUUUUUGUGGAAACCGUACACAAAAGCUAAAGUACUCUACUCUUGUAGUGUGUUUAUUUUGUGUAUUUAACAUUGAAUGUAGUCCAACAACAAUCGCAGUAGAAUAAUAAUUGUACUAGCGAUUAUUUUAACACUAAAGCAACUUAUUACAUAUGUAUUUUCGCGGUUAAAGUUCACGCUGUGAAAUCCGCGAUUAGAUUCGAUUUAGGCGGAUCAGAUCAGUAGCACAUACACAUUCCCUCUUGGGUUUUGUUCACUAGCGCAGCACUUGACUGCCCACUGAGCGCAAUUCGCAUUUUGAGCAGCAAUCAUUCAGUGCGCGAUACUCAACAAAGACGGACGCCUCGCGGUGGAACGUUAAUCCGUGCAAUACCCAGAGAACCUGUUUACGUGACUUGAAUACCACAGCACUGCAAAAUGCCAGCUAAACAAGUGAAUCCCGAUCUGCAGAAGGAGCGCAACACCGCCACCUUCGAUCCCCGGGAGUUUUCCGUCCUAUGGGCUGGUGGCGAGGAACUGUUCAAGGAGAAAAAGGCACUGGAGAAAAUGUUUUUGGAGGAUCCUGCUCUCCAGGAUGACUUGCCAAUUUCCUACUUAUCUCACAAGGAGCUUUAUGAGCACAGUCUGCGCAAAGCUUGCAUCAUUGGGGAGAAGAUCCGCAAGCUACGUGCUGAUGGCGAAGAUGGAGUGGAUACCUACAAUGCUCUGCUUGGUGGAUCUCUAGGAGCUGCUAUUUUAAAAGAGGGCAAUCCCCUGACCCUGCAUUACGUCAUGUUUGUGCCCACUAUCAUGGGUCAAGGUACAAUGGACCAGCAGGUUGAAUGGCUCAGCAAGGCCUGGGACUGUGAGAUCAUCGGCACCUAUGCCCAGACAGAGCUGGGACACGGAACUUUCCUGCGAGGUUUGGAGACCCGUGCUGACUACGACGCCAGCACCCAGGAGUUUGUGAUUAACACACCAUCACUCAGUGCCUACAAAUGGUGGCCAGGAGGAUUGGGACACACUGCCAACCAUGCGGUCGUGGUGGCCCAGCUCUACACCAAGGGCGAGUUCCGUGGCCUGGCUCCAUUUAUCGUGCAGCUGAGAGAUUCCGAUACGCACCGACCCAUGCCCGGCAUCGACAUUGGAGAUAUUGGCACCAAAUUGGGCAUGAAGGGCGUUAACAAUGGUUAUCUGGGACUGAAAAACGUUCGAGUGCCUUUGAACAAUAUGCUCAUGAAGAACCAGCAGGUUCUGCCUGAUGGUACCUAUGUGGCGCCCAAGAACAGCGUGCUUACCUACGGAACCAUGAUGUUUGUUCGCUGUGCCUUGAUUCGUGAUACCGCCCAGAGCCUGGCAAAGGCAUCCACCAUUGCCACCCGCUACUCCGCAGUCCGCCGGCAAAGUCCCAUUGAUCCCAACCAACCGGAGCCUCAAAUUAUGGAUCACACCACGCAGCAGCUUAAGGUGUUCCCCCAAAUAGCUAAGGCCAUUGUCUUCAAAACUACUGGUGAUGGCAUCUGGAACAUGUAUAAUGUGAUUUCUGGCGAAAUCGAGCAGGGCAAUUUGGAUCGGCUGCCCGAGAUGCACGCCCUCUCCUGCUGCCUGAAGGCCAUCUGCAGCGCUGAUGCCGCCGCCGGAGUGGAAACGUGCCGUCUCUCCUGCGGAGGACAUGGCUACAUGGACUGCUCCAACUUCCCCACAAUUUACGGCAUGACCACGGCUGUUUGCACUUAUGAGGGCGAGAACACAGUGAUGCUGUUGCAAACUGCUCGUUACUUGGUGAAGGUUUACGGUCAGGCUUUGAACGGAGAGAAGCUGGUGCCUACGGUUUCCUACAUUAAUGAUGCACUCAACCAAAAGAAGUUCAAUAACUUUGAUGGGUCUUUGGAGUCCAUUGUCAAGGCCUUCCAGUUUGUGGCCGCCAACAAAACCCGAGUUGCCUAUGAGCAGCUUGAAUUGCGACGCAAGCAAGGUCAUGGUACUGAGGUGGCAGCCAACUUGUGCGGCACUUUCUUGACAACUGCGGCGGAUCUCCAUGGACGUGCCUUCCUGGCUCAGACUGCCUACACGGAACUCUUGGCCUUGUCUCGAAAUGUAUCUCAAGCUUUAGCUGAUGUCCUGAAGGUUGUACUCGAGCUUUAUCUAGUAGAUGCCUGCCUCAACCGAAUUGGCGAUUUCUUACGGUUCAUUGAUCUGACCGACCGAGAUGUCACGCAAUUAGAGAUUCGUCUGGAGAACUGCCUAAAGCGUCUGCGUCCGAAUGCCGUCACCCUGGUUGAUAGUUUCGAUCUGCACGAUCGCGUACUCGAUUCCGCCCUGGGUGCCUAUGAUGGUAAUGUUUACGAGCACAUCUUUGAGUCCACAAAGAAAAAUCCGCUGAACAAAGAGCCCGUGAACGGAGCAUUCCACAAGUACUUGAAGCCAUUCAUGAAGGCUCAUCUUUAGAUUACAACUUGUUACUCUUGAAGUCUCUCCUCAUUGUUACUAUUGUAAAUAUACCUUUUUGUAUUGUUUUCGUA